AGAGAGAGAGAGAGAGAGAGAGAGAGAGAGAGAGAGAGAGAGAGAGACCAUGGGAGGAGAUUUGUGCAGCAGAGCCAUGGCUCUUGUGGUUGGUGCGGGGCUUGUGCUCGUGUUGGCGUUGGUCUCGGUUCAUGCAGAGCUGCAGAGAUUCGAGCAACCCGUUAAGCCCGACGGGUCGCUCAGCUUCUUGGUGGUGGGUGACUGGGGCCGGCGUGGUGAUUUCAACCAGUCUCAAGUUGCUCUCCAGAUGGGGAGAAUUGGGGAGGAGCUUGACAUAGACUUUGUGGUAUCAACAGGAGACAAUUUCUAUGAUAAUGGCUUAACUGGUGAACUUGACCCUGCCUUUGAAGAGUCUUUCACCAACAUCUACACUGCCAAAAGCUUGCAAAAACAGUGGUACAGUGUUCUGGGCAACCAUGAUUACAGGGGAGAUGUAGAGGCACAGUUGAGCCCUGUCCUGAGACGAAUUGAUACGAGAUGGCUCUGUUUGAGAUCUUUCAUUGUCAAUGCAGAAUUGGUUGAGAUCUUCUUCUUGGACACCACCCCGUUUGUCCUAUCCUACUUCACCGAUUCAGAGGGACAUACCUACGAUUGGCGCGGCAUUAAAACACGCAGGACCUACAUCGCCAACCUACUUAAGGAUGUGGAAUCCGCGCUGAAGGCAUCAACCGCUCAGUGGAAGAUCGUCGUUGGCCACCAUGCUAUCCGAAGCAUAAGUCAUCAUGGUGAUACUAAAGAGCUCAUCAAGCAUCUCCUCCCGAUUCUUCGGGCGAACACGGUCAACUUCUACAUGAACGGGCACGACCAUUGCCUCGAACACAUCAGGGACUCCGAAAGCCCAAUACAAUUCCUAACGAGCGGAGCAGGGUCGAAAGCAUGGAGGGGCGAUAUCAAACAGACUAACAGAGGCAACGUGAGCUUCUUCUACGAUGGGCAAGGGUUCAUGUCAGUGCGCUUGACUCGGUCCAACGCGGAGAUCGUCUUCUACGAUGUCUUCGGCGAGGCCUUAUACACAUGGAACGUGUCGAAGCAGCUUCACUCUGCCAUCUAGAGAUAACCCAUUUGAGCAGGGAGAGGGAUCAAUCAUCCAUUGCAGGAAACAAUGGCAAGAUCGAUGAAAUCUGAAGGAAUUGAGGGGGGCAAUUUGUUUAGCAGCUCCCAUAGCGAAGCAUAUGAGCUAGCAAUUAGCAUUGUAGUUGGAGACCGGUCAGUCGUUAGGAUUGAGGGUGGCAAGGGGUUCGGCCAUUCCCUUGAUUUUGUACAGUGGUGAAGGCUGACAUGAAUAACAUAAACCGAAAUUCACU